AUGGCCUGUCUCUUCCCCUGUAUGCUCAUAUUUAUUUUUUUGCUUUUUAUCUCUUCCUUUUUCUUGUGUUUUUUCCAUUCUCUUGUGUCUCAUCUCCCUCACUGCGUGUUGGUUUUGUUCUUUAUCUCUUUCCUCUUGACCAUUCUUACAUUUUUCUUUUAUCUUUCCACAAUGAGUGAAUCCAACAAAUACAUUUUUUUCUUUUGUGCCAAAGGACUCGUGGAAAAAAAGAAAAAAGGUGAAGAAAAAUUACUCCGUGAAUAUCAUGAUCAUUUAAAUCGUUAUCACUUAUCCACCCUGGUUGAGAUCGAGUUAGAAAAUACAACUGAACCUUUCCUCAUUCAUCGUAAUCCCAUGUUGCCGAAAAUAAUGCGCCGCCGGUCCCUCCAGCCUCGAAUGCCGAUACAUGUUCAGAUGGCCAUUCAUUACAGGAUAGUUAAAAAACAUGAGGCAGUAAUUAAGAUACUUUGUGAGAGGAUAGACGCUCUUGAAGAGAGAUUAAAUAGAAAAGAAGUUCAAUCGCCAUGUCAUGAUAAAUAGCGAAC